AUGGUCUGGGUGAUUCAAAACACCAUCUCAUUUGUCAUUUCUGUGCAGCUCCUACAUUCAACUCUGAUUCCUGUAUGGGCUGAAGAGGAGAGCAGGGAAUGCAGAGAGCAGGAAUACAAGGACUCAUUUGGGAAUUGUAAACCCUGCAAGCAAUGCGAUGCAGGACAGGAGCUAUCAAAGGAAUGUGGCUUUGGUUAUGGAGAGGAUGCCCAAUGUGUGGCGUGCAGGACCAGCCGCUUCAAAGAAGACCGGAGUCUACAGAAGUGUAAGCCUUGUCUGGACUGUGGACUUAUCAACCGAUUCCAGAAGAACAACUGUUCUACCACCAGCAAUGCUGUGUGUGGCGAGUGCCUUUCUGGAUACUACAGGAAGACGAAACUAAGUGGCUUCCAAGACAUGGAGUGUAUACCCUGUGGAGACCCUCCGCCUCAGUAUGAGCCUCAAUGCAGCGGGAGGGUAAACCUGGUGCCUCUGACCCCGGUGACCAGUCCACGUGACAUGGCCCUGGCUGCUGUCAUCUGCAGCGCUCUGGCUACAGUGGUGCUAGCCCUGCUUGUACUGUGUGUCAUCUAUUGCAAGAGGCAACUGCUGGAGAAAAAACCCAGUGCGGCAUCUUUGAGGUCUGAGGACUGUCGGUAUGGCUGGGAUGAGCUGUCCUGCCUGGACCAGCGUUGGCUCCAAGAGUUUCCUCAGGGGGCCUGCUGCCAGUGUCAUCUUGGUCCCGGACACGCAUGUGGUCCAGUUCUGAUGAUCCCAUCAAUGUGCUGUGAGGAGAAUUGCAGCCUGAAUAAUGCACGCUCUUGCUUUUACACUGGCCUCCAUGACAGAAACUGUGAGCAGGAGGAAGAAGUAACCGCCCACUCUGAGAGUGGAUCCACAGAGAAGAUUUCAGAGGGUUUCCACGAUACAGAAAAUGAUGAGGGAGUGUGUGGCCUGAGGGAGAACUUCCCUGGGGGAAAGCCAAUCGAGCAGGCGCCGUCAACCAAGGAGGUAUACGUGUAUUUUGUGGAUCUGGAGAAGGCGUUCGACCAUGUGCCUCAGGAGUACGGGUACCGAGCCCCUUGGUAA